AUGUCAAAAUACGGCUUUAUUAAAGUUAAUAAGGAAUUUGAAAAAGCUAUCAAGGAUCCCAAGGAUCCUUUACCUCGGACCACUGUUCCAAUUCCAUCUGGGAAAGUUGCCAACUUCUUCUAUAACUAUGCUGCUAAGGAGUUGCCAUUGGCCACUUUGAAUCACUCACUUCGUGUUUUCCAAUACAGUGUUGCCAUAAUGAAGGAUCAGUUUCCAGAAUGGGAUUUAGAUGAGGAAGUGAUUUACGUUACUGCGUUAAUGCAUGAUAUUGCUACCACUGACAAGAACUUGAAUGAAACGAAAUUAUCUUUUGAGUUUUACGGUGGAUAUAUCUCAAGAGAAUUAAUUCUUAGAGAAACCGGUGGAAAUACGGAUUAUGCAGAUGCUGUUGCUGAGGCGAUUAUUCGUCACCAAGAGCUGACUACAACUGGUUUUAUCACUUCUCUUGGCCUGAUUUUGCAGAUCGCAACCACUCUCGAUAAUGCAGGAGCUAAUACCAACUUGAUUCAUCAGGAAACAAUAUAUUCUAUUAAUGAAAAGUAUCCAAGAGUCAACUGGUCAACAUGUUUUGCCAAUGUUCUCUCGAAGGAGGAUACUCAAAAGCCAUGGUCUCACUCAACCACAUUCGGUAUUGAGGAUUUCAAGGAGAAAGUCUUGAAUAACCCAGUCAAAUAUGAAAGACAGUAG